AUCCCCUCUCUCUCUCUCUCUCUCUCUCAAUCCCACGCCCUGGUGCAGACAGAAGGUGUGCAGAGAAACGCAGGCAAGCAGAGAAACGGCCCCCCUGGCAGACGCACACAGACUGACACAGCCUUGCAGCUCACAGACACGGCGUCUCCACUAAUACGCCAACAUGUCGGACAAGCCUGACCUGACAGAAAUUGAGAGCUUCGAUAAGUCCAAGCUGAAAAAGACUGAGACCAAAGAGAAGAACCCCUUGCCGACCAAAGAAACCAUUGAACAGGAGAGAAAAGAAGAGUCUUCCACCUGAGAGAAAUGUCCAGCAACGUCUUUUCGAUGGGCUGUCGCCUAAUUCAUCUUCUGUUCCAAUGCGAGAAUUGUGAGGAGGGUGUAAAUUAAAGAGUCCUGUAACCCAGAUUUUAUUAUUGACUUAGGGUUGCCAGAUUCUCGGUUUUGGACCGGAAUGUGUAGUUUUCAAAUUAUUUGCACAGAUCCAGACCUGACAGUAGUCUAUAAAUAUUCGUCUGAAUAAUUGAUUGAACAGUUUCCGCUAGUUUGUAAUGAAUUCCAUCUUCUGUCUCCACUGUUACACUUUUUCUCCUCCUUCUCCUUAACCCUCCACCCCCCACCCUGCAAACUGACAGCAUGCCCGCUCUACGCUAUUAAGCUUCAAGCUGCCCUUUGUCACCUGUGUGUACAUGUGUAUGGUAUCUGGUUUUCUAAAACUCUAAAUCUGGCAACCCUAGCUUAAUUUCGGGCUUGGGUGGGAUGCGGUUGGGAGGACAGUGAUAGUUCCCUUCACUACAUCUCUUCCAAAUAAACUUAAUCUUUAAUUA